AUGAAGUCCCCUAUUCCCGACUACCUCAACCAAGUACUUGAAAACGCACGCCCGAUCGAAGAUGGCAAACCAGCCAGCUACAUUGAGACACUGGCCAAGGCCGACACGUCCAAAAUCGCCGUGGCUCUUGCUAUGGUAGAUGGCCAACUGUACUCAGCUGGAGAUGACCAAGUCGAGUUUUCCAUUCAGUCAAUCUCCAAAUCCUUUGUCUACGCACUUGCAAUUGAGGAUGCGGGCCUGGAUCGAGUUCUGGAAAAGAUUGGCGUCGAGCCUUCGGGUGAUGCCUUCAACAGUCUGUCCCUGGAGCGUGGCAGCAAUCGACCUAUGAAUCCCAUGAUCAACGCUGGGGCGAUUACUGCACAUUCUCUCAUCGUGGGACCCGAUGCCACAGUUGAACAGAGAACAGACCGCAUCUUGAAAGCCCUCUCGAGAUUAGCAGGUCGACAACUGCAUGUGUGCGAGGAGGUUUACGAGGCCGAGAUGAGAAAUGCUGAUCGCAACAUGGGAAUUGGCUAUAUGCUUAAGGCGGCAGGUAUCAUCACCUGUGACCCCCAAGAGGCCGUCAAAGGAUACAUUCGCCAAUGUGCCAUCAAUGUCAACGUGCGUGACCUAGCCAUGAUGGCGGCAACUCUCUGCAACGCCGGCAUACACCCAGAGACUGGCGAAGCCAUCAUUCCCCAGACAAGCGUCCGCCAGAUUCUCUCCGUCAUGACCACGUGUGGUAUGUACGAUGCCGCGGGAGACUGGGUCUCGAGAAUUGGAAUACCAGCGAAAAGCGGUGUGGCUGGGGGCAUCAUUGGGGCCCUGCCAGGUCAGAUGGGCAUUGCUGUCUUCUCGCCCAAGCUUGAUAGGCGCGGCAAUAGUGUUCGCGGUGUUGCCAUUUGCGAGCAAUUGUCCCGUGACAUGGGUCUUCACAUGAUGGACGUGAGCCAGAUUGCACAGGCGACCUUGCGGACAUCUGUGGCAACCAUUGUUGCCGGUGAAAGCGAGCCCCAUCACGCAAACUGCAACAAGGAAGUCGUCAUCUUCAGCCUACGAGGUGUCGUUCGUUUUGCAGGCUCGGAGCGCUUGACCCGCGCCAUCACACGCGAAAUUGGUCAACCCAAUCCAGAUGAUCCCGGUUCUGGGCGUUCCCGCCAUGCCUGCGCCAUUGUCUUUUCAUUCCGGGAUGUCUUUUCAUUCAAUGCGGUGGCCCAGCGGAUCAUUCAAGCAGAUGUCUACAGACUACUGGUUGAUGGCAAGAGUGUGGUGAUCAUUGAUCCCUCGGGGGUCUUGACCAUAGACACUGAGCGCGCGGGGAAGAAGUUGAGAAUUGUAGAGACAGAGACAGAAGCAAGGAAUUUCAUCGGGGGAACCGGUUCUCAUACAGUAACCAAGACCGGUGAAUGGUAA